CCAUAUAGCCAUUCAUGAACCAAAAUCACCUGAUUCACCAUUCAAGUACGUACGUUAUUAUUCCUUCUUUAAUUACUUUCUUACCUUUAAUGCACCUUUCAUUUAAUUGAAGUUUCUUGCAAAAUAUGUUUAGUUGAAGUUUCUUACAAAAUAUUUUCCACAAAAAAAAGUUUCUUAUAAAAAAAUUGGUGUAGGAUUGGAAAUGGGACAUUCCAGAGGGAGUUUAUGCUGUCUUGGGGAGACGAGCGGUGCAAGUUACACGACAAUGGAGAACUGCUCACCCUCCAGCUCGAAAGAUCUUCUGGCGCUGGCUUUGAAUCCAAGAAGGAAUUCAUCUUCUGCAAGAUUGAGAUGCAGAUCAAGCUCGUCCCCGGCGACUCUGCCGGCACCGUCACCACCUACUACUUGUCGUCGGAAGGCGAUCACCACGACGAGAUAGACUUUGAGUUUCUGGGGAACUCAUCUGGCAACCCAUACACUCUUCACACAAAUGUGUUCAGUCAAGGGAGAGGCGAAAGAGAGAUGCAAUUCUUCUUGUGGUUUGAUCCCACCACAGAUUUCCACACCUACACAAUCCUUUGGAAUCCCAAAGCCAUCCUGUUUUAUGUGGACGGUACGCCGAUAAGAGAGUUCAGAAACGCAGAGAGAAUCGGUGUUCCAUUCCCAAAGGAUCAGCCAAUGAGGAUGUACUCAAGCAUAUGGAACGCCGAUGCGUGGGCCACACAAGGCGGCCGCGUGAAGACGAAUUGGACACUCGCGCCCUUCGUCGCCUCCUACAGGAACUUCAGUUCCCAAGGAUGUGUUUGGUCGCGGCCGAGCAAAUCCACAUCUUGCAAUUUGCGCGAACCGAACAAGGAACCGUGGUUCACAACAGAGCUCGACCGGUGGAGCCGUGCCAGAAUGAGGACCAUGCAGAGGCGGCAUAUGGUUUACAAUUACUGCGACGACAAAUGGAGGUUUGGUCGCAGGGGCCCUGGCAGAGAAUGCAGGUUUAGGUAGUAGUAGUAGUAGUAGCAGGAGUAAUAGUAGGGCAAGCCAAUGAAAGAGGAGAUCCAAA